UCGCCCAGGGCCCCGCCCCGGCGCGUGACGUCAGUAGGGUGGGUAGCAACAGUUGCCCCGGUGAGGGAAACGGAGGCGCCAUAGCCACGGUAGUCGUGGCGACCAAGCAACCCGGCAACGCGAGUCAACAACAACAAGCGCCCUGCCGACCCCCGCCCCCACGCCCCCGGCCCAGCCCGGGGGCCCCGGCGCGUCCCGUCUCCCUCGCCACACCGCCUCCGACAGCUCCGCGGGGCCCCUCCGCGGACCGAAGCGGGCAGAAGCCGAGGAAGAGAAAGGAAAAAAAAAAAAAAAGCCUUAUUUAUUACCAUUUUCCCCACUGUUGGCAUGGCAACCCAAGCGUAUGGCACUGAGAUGCAGGCCGUCCCGCAAGCAUCCCAGACGCCGCAGGCCCCGCCCCAGGCCCCGCCCCCGCCGCCGCCGCCCCCGUCCGCGGCGCCCCAGCCCCCGCAGCCCCCUGUCGCUGCCGCCGCUGCUGCCGCCCCCCAGCCCCAGUAUGUCACGGAGCUGCAGAACCCCCAGCCCCAGGCGCAGCCGCCAGGCAGCCAGAAGCAGUAUGUGACGGAGCUCUCGGCUGCCCCGGCACCCCCGCAGGCGGCCGGUGCGCCCACCCCGGCCGCCGCGUCCCAGCAGUACAUCGUGGUCACUGUCGCCGAAGGUGCCAUGAGGGCCAGUGAGACCCUGUCGGAGGCCAGCCCGGGCUCUCCGGCCAGCCAGACUGGCGUGCCCACGCAGGUGGUUCAGCAGGUGCAGGGCACCCAGCAGCGGCUGCUGGUGCAGGCCAAGCCGGGCCACGUGUCACCCCUGCAGCUCACCAACAUCCAGGUGCCCCAGCAGGCUCUCUCCACACAGCGUCUGGUGGUGCAGAGCACGGCACCGGGCAGCAAGGGCGGCCAGGUCUCCCUGACAGUCCACGGUACCCAGCAGGUACACUCACCCCCAGAGCGGUCCCCAGUGCAGACCAACAGCUCCUCCGGCAAGACGGCCGGCGCCCCCGCAGGCGCGGUGCCGCCACAGCUGCCGAUCCACGGUGUGCAGCAGAGCGUCCCCGUCACCCAAGAGAGGUCUGUGGUCCAGGCCACUCCGCAGGCGCCCAAGGCUGCCCCCGUGCAGCAGCUGACCGUGCAGGGGCUCCACGUGGCUCAGGAGGUGCAGCAGCUGCAGCAGGUGUCUGUGCCGCACGUGUAUGCCAGCCAGGUGCAAUACGUGGAGGGGGGCGACGCCAGCUACACAGCCAGCGCCAUCCGCUCCAGCACCUACCCCUACCCCGAGACGCCGCUGUACACGCAGCCGGCCGGCACCAGCUACUACGAGGCGGCGGGCACGGCCGCCCAGGUCAGCACCCCCGCCACCUCCCAGGCCGUGGCCCCCAGCGGCUCCGUGCCCAUGUACGUGUCCGGCAGCCAGGUCGUCGCCAGCUCCGCGAGCAGCAGCGGGUCCGGCGGCGGCGGCAGCAGUGGCGGAGGCGGGGGUGGCGGCGGCGGAGGUGGCAGUGGCGGUGGCGGCGGCGGGGGUGGCGGCAGCGCCGGGGCCGGUGGCAGCGGAGGGGGCGGCGGCGGAGCAGGCACCUACGUGAUCCAAGGCGGCUACGUGCUGGGCAGCGCCAGCCAGUCUUACUCCCACACCACCCGUGCCUCGCCAGCCACGGUCCAGUGGCUGCUGGACAACUAUGAGACCGCCGAGGGUGUGAGCCUGCCGCGGAGCACCCUCUACUGCCAUUACCUGCUGCACUGCCAGGAGCAGAAGCUGGAGCCGGUCAACGCCGCCUCCUUCGGCAAGCUCAUCCGCUCUGUCUUCAUGGGGCUGCGCACGCGGAGACUCGGCACCAGGGGCAACUCCAAGUACCACUACUACGGCCUGCGCAUCAAGGCCAGCUCGCCCCUGCUGCGGCUCAUGGAGGACCAGCAACACAUGGCCAUGCGCGGCCAGCCCUUCUCGCAGAAGCAGAGGCUCAAGCCUAUCCAGAAGAUGGAGGGUAUGACGAACGGUGUGGCCGCGGGGCAGCCCCAAGCCGCCGGGUUGGCGGACAUCAGCGCCCAGGUCCAGCAGUACCAGCAGUUCCUGGAUGCCUCGAGGACGCUCCCCGACUUCGCAGAGCUGGAGCUGCAGGGCAAAGCGCUGCCCGAGGGCGUGGGGCCCGGGGACAUCAAGGCCUUCCAGCUCCUGUACCGGGAGCACUGUGAGGCCAUCGUGGACGUCAUGGUGAACCUGCAGUUCACGCUGGUGGAGACGCUGUGGAAGACCUUCUGGCGGUACAACCUCAGCCAGCCCAGCGAGGCGCCGCCGCUGGCCGUGCACGACGAGGCCGAGAAGCGGCUACCCAAGGCCAGCCUGGUGCUGCUGUCCAAGUUCGAGCCCGUGCUGCAGUGGACCAAGCGCUGUGACAACGUGCUCUACCAGGGCCUGGUGGAGAUCCUCAUCCCGGACGUGCUGCGGCCCAUCCCCAGUGCCUUGACCCAAGCGAUCCGGAAUUUCGCCAAGAGCCUGGAGAGCUGGCUCACCCACGCCAUGGUGAACAUCCCGGAGGAGAUGCUGCGGGUGAAGGUGGCGGCGGCCGGCGCCUUCGCGCAGACGCUGCGGCGCUACACGUCGCUCAACCACCUGGCGCAGGCGGCGCGCGCCGUGCUGCAGAACACGGCGCAGAUCAACCAGAUGCUGAGCGACCUCAACCGCGUGGACUUCGCCAACGUGCAGGAGCAGGCCUCGUGGGUGUGCCGCUGCGAGGACCGCGUGGUGCAGCGCCUGGAGCAGGACUUCAAGGUGACGCUGCAGCAGCAGAACUCGCUGGAGCAAUGGGCGGCCUGGCUGGACGGCGUCGUGAGCCAGGUGCUCAAGCCCUACCAGGGCAGCGCCGGCUUCCCCAAGGCGGCCAAGCUCUUCCUCCUCAAGUGGUCCUUCUACAGCUCCAUGGUGAUCCGGGACCUGACCCUGCGCAGCGCCGCCAGCUUCGGCUCCUUCCACCUCAUCCGGCUGCUCUACGACGAGUACAUGUACUACCUGAUCGAGCACCGCGUGGCCCAGGCCAAGGGCGAGACCCCCAUCGCCGUCAUGGGCGAGUUCGCCAACCUGACCACGGCGCUGAACCCCCUGGACGCGGACAAAGAUGAGGAGGAGGAGGAGGAGGAGGACAGCGAGGACGAGCUGCCGCAGGACAUCUCGCUGGCAGCCGGCGGCCAAUCGCCCGCGCUCGGCCCCGAGGCCCUGCAGCCGCCCGCCAAGUUGGCUCGGACUGACGCGCGCGGCCUGUUUGUGCCGGCGCUGCCCUCCAGCUAAGCCCCCCCAUCCACGCCAGGGCCCCCCCCAGCUCCUGGGGGGGCCCAGUUCCCUCCCCCCCCCGGGGGCCGGCACAAUCACAGGGCCGGGCGGGGCCGCAGCUGCAAACCGACACAGAAGACGAGACAGUGCCUUAGGAACCGCCGCUGUGCCCGGGUGCCCCCAAGGCCGCAGCACCCCCUCCGCCCCGGGGGCAGGCUGGCAGGCCCCCUCCCCCGGACUGUUAACUUAUUCUGCUUGCUGGCUUUGCACAGGGCGCACGCAGGUGGGCGUCACGGCCCCCCAUUGCCGCCGGCAGCCGCAGCAGCAGCCCCCUUCCCCGCCCCCCCCCCCACCAGCGACCCCACCGCUUCCCCCUUCUCGGCAUAAGUGCAAUUAAAGCCGUGGGCACUGCGGCAUCUCCAGAGCCGGCCCGGUCCCGGGGGGGCUGGCGGGAGGGGGUCCCCCAGCCUCUGGCUUCCAAAGAGCGGCUGUUGGGGGGGUCGGAGGGGCCCGUGCCCCCAGCCCGCCCUGCGCUCCGCACCCCGCGGCCGCUGCUUUGUAUCGGAACCUGCCCCGCGCUCCAUCCCCGCCCGCGCCCCCGCGCUGCGCGCCCCCUCCCCAGCAGUGACUAGUGUGUGAGUGGUCGUGAGCGCCGCCCCAGCGGAGCCGGUAACUUGGAUUUUCUUUCCAACCAUCAUGGCCUUAUCUGUCCCAGUUUUCUUCGUGUUUUCAACCCGUGAGGUCGAUGUUUAUGGAAAAAAAAAAAAAAAAACGAAAAAAAAGAAAAACCCAGAAACGAAGGGAACCGUGCCGUGUCGUGUCAGCCGCUUGUGUGGGCGCCCGCGGGCGCUGCGCGGGGGUCCCCCGCCGCACGUGCCCGUGCGCAGCGCCCAGCUGUUUUCUACGUUUUGUAGCCUUUCUUAAGACAAUAAACUCCACGUGACAUUUGCCUUC